GCGCAUUUACUGAGGGUUUUAUUUGUGGCAGGAUAAACGGUUUGUUUUGUUGCUUCUAAUAAUUUAUUUUCUGGAAUUCUGUAAAGAUGUCUUCACUUAUUCGAACACUGAGACACCCAUGUUUGAAACGUCAUUUAUUUUUAAAAAGACAUUCUGGUGAACGACAUUUAUCAAUUUCAUCUUUGUUGAAUGGCAAACACAUGAACAUUGACUAUCAAGAUGAUGUAGCUGUUGUAAGAUUGGACAAAGCAGAUGCAAAAAUGAACACACUAAGCACUGAAGUAAUGACUGAGUUUCAAGAUAUUUUCAAUGAAAUUCAAAGAAACAAAUCUGUGAAAGCAGCCGUGCUAAUAUCUGCCAAGCCUGGAAACUUUGUAGCUGGUGCUGAUAUAGAUAUGCUUAAAAAUGCUGGAAGCGCUGAAGAGACGACAGCUCUUGCAAAGAACGGACAACGACUUUUCCAUGAACUUGAAAACAGCAAGAAACCAUUUGUUGCUGCAAUCAAUGGUGUAGCAUUGGGAGGAGGACUUGAGCUAACACUGGCUUGCCAAUAUAGAAUCGCAACUACUGACAAAUCCACCAACCUUGGAGUGCCUGAAGUUAUGCUUGGGUUGUUACCAGGUGCUGGAGGAACACAGAGACUUCCACAGUUAGUAGGAGUUGCAUCAGCAUUAGAUAUGGCACUUACAGGGAAGAACAUUAAAGCUAAGAAAGCAAAAAGGAUGGGCCUCGUUCAUCAACUUGUAGAACCGCUGGGUCCUGGAUUGGUUGAUGCACAAACAGGGACCAUGCAAUACCUGGAGAGGAUUGCUGUUGAUACAGCACGUGGCCUCGCUAAUGGAAGUGUGAAAAUACCACCAAUCAAACAUUCUCAACAAGACAGAAUAAUUGCUUACCUUCUAAAGUUCGGAUUCUUCGAAAAUUAUUUCUUCAAUAAAAUGAUCAAAGGAAAAGUAAUGAAACAAACCAAAGGUUUAUUCCCUGCACCUCUGCUUAUUGCUGAUGUUAUAAGGGAAGGGGUAAUAAACGGACAUGACAAAGGAUAUGAAGCAGAAGCUGCCGGAUUUGGAAAGUUGUCGCAAACAAAUGAAUCUAAAGCCCUUAUUGGGUUGUAUGAUGGACAGACUCACUGUAAGAAGAAUCGAUUUGGGAAGCCAGCUAAACCUGCUCAGAACAUAGCAGUACUUGGUGCUGGCUUAAUGGGUGCAGGCAUAGCACAAGUAAGCAUGGAUAAAGGUUACAAUGUUACGCUGAAAGAUUCCUUCAGUUCUGGGUUGGCUAAGGGUCAGGAACAAAUCUAUAAAGGUUAUAAUUUGUCUGCGAAGAAGAAGAAAAUAACAACUUUCGAACGUGACCAAAUUGUUGCGAAACUUGACGCAACUCUUUCUUAUGAUUCACUCAAGACAUCAGACAUGGUGAUCGAGGCCGUGUUCGAAGAUAUCAACAUUAAACAUAAAGUUAUCAAAGAAACUGAAGCUGUGAUACCCGAACAUUGUAUAUUUGCAUCAAACACUUCAGCUCUCCCAAUAUCGGAUAUUGCCAAGGCAAGCAAGAGGCCAGAAAAGGUAAUAGGAAUGCAUUACUUUUCACCAGUGGAUAAAAUGCAGCUGUUAGAAAUCAUUACAACGGACACAACAUCUAAAGAUACGGUCGCUUCUGCUGUACAAGUUGGUUUAAAGCAAGGGAAACUUGUCAUAGUUGUUAAGGAUGGUCCCGGGUUCUACACGACUCGUCUCCUCGCUCCCACUCUCUCCGAAGUAAUCCGGAUGUUGCAGGAAGGUGUUGGUCCUCAGAAGAUUGAUAAACUCGCAACAUCAUUCGGAUUUCCUGUCGGAAUCGCGACUCUGCUUGAUGAGGUUGGUAUAGACGUUGCUGUCCACGUGUCUGAAUACCUGGGGGGUGUGUUUGGUGAUCGGUUUGCAGGGGGUAAUGUACAAGUGCUCAAGAACCUUGUUGACAGUGGUUGUGCAGGUCGCAAGACAGGAAAAGGCGUUUAUGUUUAUUCUGAUGCGAAAGCAAAGACGCGACCAGUUAACGACACGGCUACCAAGAUAUUGAAGGAAUUUGCCAUGGAACCAGUUGAUGCAGUUUCAAGCGACAGCGAUAUCCAACUCCGAUUAAUAUCGCGGUUUGUAAACGAGGCAGUGAUGUGCUUGCAGGAAGGUAUCUUGGAUAACCCUCUUGAAGGAGACAUAGGAGCAGUGUUUGGCCUUGGAUUCCCACCACACUUAGGAGGUCCCUUCCGCUACGUUGACCUGCAUGGUGCUGCGCCACUAGUUGAACAUAUGCGUCGAUUCGAGGCUGCAUACGGACCAGCAUUCACCCCAUGCUCACUGCUGCUAGAACAUGCAAAAGAUUCCAGCAAGAAAUUCCACUUGUCCUAGACGAUGUUUUACCCGCUGCAUUAUAAAUAUAUAGGUACCCAGCGUGCUAUUUUUCGAAACGUAAUUUUGCCAACCGGUACCGUGCUACGGUCGUGUUUUAGUGUAAUUCAAGUUUCCAAAGAAUCUAUUAUUGAUAUUUAUGUUGAAGUUCAACUAUGACGUUUAAAUGCAACCGCUCCAAAGUUUCUGUUGAUUUGCGUUGUUAAUAAAUUAGUAAAGUUUGA